GAGUAAGCCUUUAAUUCAGGAGGCCACAGCUGUGUCAAAAGUCUACAAGAUAAGAUGUUUAUAAAAACAUAUAAAAAUUAACCUGUUAUAUAUACUGUAUAUAUAUAUGCUGUCAUUAACUAAAUGAUACAGAAUUGUUUGUUUGUACUUUUUCCUCCAGGUCUCCUUGAAAACAACUGUACGCCCUAAAUUUUUCAGAAUUCAGUGAAUUGAAAACACAACACAUCGCUCCCAUCUGAAGCAUUUUUUGUCAAGUAUUGUGGUCAAUAUGAGGGUUCGUUCACUCAGUAAAGCACAUGCACACUUACAGACUCUCAAUCUUUAAUGAUUCUUCACAGCUGUGCACACCAGCCUCUGUUUCUCUUGAUGAGAGCAUCUGUAACCUUCCAACCUGCUUUAUUUAACCCUUUUUAGAUGCAAAAGUCCUGUUAUAGAAGAGCUUGGGAGCCUGUCAGAAAGAAACUGUCGGCUUAAAUUUCCCCUUUUCUUUCCCCUUUAAAAAAAAUACACUGAUGCUGAACUGAAGCACGUGCCGUGUGUGUUUGUCUGCAACAAAAUGACAGAAUAAAAGUAAGAAAUAAAACGUUCCCUAAAAAUUGCACGGCGAAAGGACAGGUCUGUAGUGAGUGUUUCAAGAGGAAGAAGACGAGGGAAGAGGUGUUUCUCCAGGCCCUUUCUCCUCUUUCAUUAUUUAUUUCCUUAUUAACUGCGAUCAAAACAUUGAUGGUCGAUCAUCCGUCGCUGAGCUCGACGCCCGCGGAAUAUCGUGCAGUGUUUCUCGUCGGUGAGCGUGUGUGUCGUGAUGGCUCGCCCACGGCCCCGGGAAUAUAAAGCUGGAGACCUGGUUUUCGCCAAGAUGAAGGGAUACCCGCACUGGCCGGCGAGGAUCGACGAGCUGCCAGAGGGAGCUGUGAAGCCGCCAGCUAAUAAAUACCCUAUCUUCUUCUUUGGUACCCAUGAGACUGCCUUUCUGGGCCCUAAAGACCUGCUACCCUACAAGGAAUACAAAGACAAGUUUGGCAAGUCGAACAAGAGGAAAGGGUUUAAUGAAGGCCUGUGGGAGAUUGAAAACAACCCUGGCGUCAAAUUCACUGGUUUCCAGGUGAUGCAACAGCAGAGCUCGUCUGAGACAGAGGGAGAAGGAGGAAACGUGGGUGACGGCAGCAGCGAGGAGGAGGAGGAGGAGGAGGGCAAGAUGAAGAGCGACAAGGUUGGAUCCAAGCGAAAAAAAAGCGCAUCCUCAAAGAUGUCCUCCAAGCUGUCCAGGAAGGGUUCGGAUGAAGAUCUGGAGAAGGAUGGCAAAGACGAGCAGAAGAGCGGAUCAGAGGCUGGUGACCAUGACAACAACAUCCAGAACUCAUCAGACAAGACGUGCAGUCAAGGGAAUCUGUCGCUCCGGGAGGAUCACUAGACGACCGUCGGACACCAGCUUGAGACGCUGAUAUGUGAUAUUGUAAAUGCAUCUUAUUACGCCGAUCGCUUGCAAACUCCCACACAUUAUUAUCCGGUUGAGUCACACACACAUAGAGUCCAGGAGCCCCUCGUUCCUCUCUGCUGUUUGAUUUAGAGUUUAGCUUCAGACGUUCAGAUCUCUCAGUCAUUCCUCUCCUGACGCGCUACAGAUUUUUUUUCUUUCACAAUGAACAAACACAUUGUAGGUCAGACGUUCAUCUUCACGCUUUUAUGUAAUCAGAGAACAAGAGUGGAAACCAUAGAAUCCGUAUGAAGUGUUGUGCACAGAGUCGCUGUAACUCCAUUUAUCUCUGUACGUUUGAUUUGGGUGUAGAUUCUAGGAGCUCUGUACUAUUAUCCUGAUGCUAGAGGUACUGCUCAUCUUUUUAAGACGUGAAAUAUCCGUUCGUGUGUCGGUGGGUUGGUUGUUUUCUAGCCUUUCUAGUGGCAUGCCUGCUUCUGUUUCCAUUCCGUAGCUCCGUUCCGUUCUGAUGAUGUUCUGUCUGUUUGGUCAGACGGCGCCGAUCCCGUCUUCUUCCCGACGGAAAAUGUGCCCUUGAUUUGUUAGCUUUUUAUUUCUUAUCUUUGUUUAUAUAAAGAAUAUAUUCUAUUUAUUUUUGAUGAUAGUAGAUGACACAUCUGUGGUAAAUUCGCACUCACCAAUGUGCUUUUCAUUUCGUUCCAAUUUUUAUUGCCCUCACACAUGUUGCGUUUUUGAAGUUUGUAGCUACAUGUAAACUGUUUUUCCUGUUUAUUGAAAAGAAUUUUACAGAAUAAACUCAUUGGAAUGCAA